AUGGACCUUCUUUACAGAACCGGGAUGGACAGUCAGUUCAUCGCAAACGGUGCUGUUCAAGAAUCUGUGGAGCACACGAAGUUGAACAGAUCAGUGACCAUUGGAUGUCCGGUGCCGGCCAUCAUGAAUGAAGCAGGUCUACGAGAGCUGCUAAUGGAUCAUGUCAGGAAGGUCUGCAAUGGGACACAAUUCUACGGACUGCCCGAACAAUUGGCGCGGCGUCAACUAAAGGAGCUGACGUCCAUUGGAAACGGAAAUGUUAUGUUCGAGAUGCAACAAACUGCUGUAUCUCUGGCGCUGCCAUCGACAGAGUUGAAUCUCUUGCAGCCGGAUAGCACCUGCUGCGUGGGCUCAGCAGUGGCAGCAGCUCCCACGGCCUGGGAGAUGCCUACUGGCCCAGUCCGCUUCAGUGGAGGUGGCUACAUGAUCUUCAGGGCUUGGGCCUCAUAUUUCGGGUCUUCCGGUGACAACGCAUCCGAUGCGGGUGCAAGUGGAAGCGGCGACAACGCAGCCACUGACGGUGACCGUUGGAUGGUGUCGAAUCAGCAUGCGGCGUCGCUCUGCGCGUGGACAGCCUUUGAGGGGGCGGGCGCGGAGGGGGAUUUGGACUGCCAGCAGUUCAUCGACAGCUUGGUCUCAUUCACCGUCGAGCCUGUCGUGGCAGUCUCUGAAGUGAUCAAAGUGCUGUGCGUCCCAUUAGCUUUACAAGCGGAUGUGUUUCGGCUUGUGAAGUCGUACGUGCAGCAGGCGGCGUUCAGCGGCUCGGAGUGCUCAAUGACCGCUCCAGGAGCGAAGCUUGCAUCGGCUCAUGAUUUCUUAUUGAAAGCUGGAGCAAUCGAAAAGCGACCGGAAGCACCGACAUGUGCAUUCAUGUACCAGCUGACGGAUGAUGUCGAUCCAGUCGAGAUGACCAUUCUGGAAUUGUUUCAGCAUCUGUGCAAAAACGGUUGGACGCAUGUUGUUUGCCAAGCGCUUCCGGCUGCGUCGGCUGCGUUGCACACGGCUGACAGUCCGAAGCAGUUCUACACUCUGAGUGGAUCGAUCAAAGCCACGGACACGGCAUCUUUCUAUCGAGAGCUACUCCGCGGUGGGCGGCAGCAGCGCUUGGCAGACGAGCUUGUUCUUCUGCCUCCGCCAGGCGAGGAGAGAGGCAGAGGCAGCAGAGGCAGAGGCCGAGGCCGAAACAGGAAACGCAAGCUCGGCCCCGUGAAACCCGGUGGCAAAGUUUCCUCAGAGACGGCCCUCCAUGACGACGACGAGGGCGACAGAGAUGAGCCUUUGCAUGGCCUUGUCGAUGAAUGGAAGGAUGUGAUUUCAGUGGCUGACUCCGAUUCGGCAGCGAGCUUAGAGAGCCGACCCGAAUCCCAAUCGGAUCUACAAAAGGAGCUGGAAGAACUUAUGCAGACAGAACUGACAGAACGGGUGCAGGCUGCAACCGCCUUUGAGGAUGCCGCGGCCGCGGCCCAGUCUGUCGAGGAGCAUGCCGCAACCACCAUCAAUGGGGAGGAUGCAGCAGCAGCAGCCCCAGCCCGAGCCCCGCCUGCCCGUGAGCAGGCUGCAGCCGAAGUUAAGGAUGCACCGGCCCCGGCUCCCCCGACUGCCGGCGAGCAGACUGCAGCCCUUGGUGAGGAUACAGCGGCCUUGCCUGCCGGUGAGCAGGCUGCUCUUGGUGAGGUUCCCGCGGCUCCAGCGGCCCCGUCUCCGAAGAUAAUGCAUCAGAGCGGCGCCGGAAAGCUCGGAAGUUGA